AUGGACAGAGGCAGCCACCGGAAUGCUUCUCCAGCAAGGACACCUCCAGCAAGGACAUCUCCAGCAAGGACAUCUCCAGCAAGGACACCUCCUCAGGCUUCUCCAGCAAGGACACCUCCUCAGGCUUCUCCAGCAAGGACACCUUCUCAGGCUUCUCCAGCAAGGACACCUCCUCAGUCUUCCCCAGCAAGGACACCUCCUCAGGUUUCUCCAGCAAGGACACCUCAUCCCCAGGCUUCUCCAGCAAGGACACCUCCUCAGGUUUCUCCAGCAAGGACACCUCCUCAGGCUUCUCCAGCCCAAGCGUCUCCAGUCCGGGCAUCUGCAACCAGGGCACCACCUUCCAGGUCACUGUCAGGCAGGUCUUCAUCUGCCAGGUCAGCCUCCACGACAUCCUCCCCAACGAGAGUGUACCUUGUUAGAGCAACACCAGUGGCGGCUGUCCCCAUCCGGGCAUCUCCUGCCAGGUCAGCACCAGCCACCAGGGCCACCAGGGCCACCAGGGAGAGCCCAGGUCUCAGUUUCCCCAAGUUCUCCUGGCAGGAGACCCAGAGACAGCUGCCACUCAUCGGGUGUGUCCUCCUUCUCAUCAGCCUGGUGAUCUCACUCAUCCUUCUCUUCUACUUCUGGCGAGGCCACACCGGGAUCAAGUACAAAGAGCCAUUGGAGAGUUGCCCUAACCACGCGGUUCGCUGUGACGGAGUGGUAGAUUGCAAAAUGAAGAGUGAUGAGCUGGGCUGUGUCAGGUUCGACUGGGACAAAUCCCUCCUGAAAGUCUACUCUGGGUCUUCUGGUGAGUGGCUUCCUGUCUGCAGCAGCAGCUGGAACGACACGGACUCCAAGAGGACCUGCCAGCAGCUGGGCUUUGACAGUGCUUACCGAACGACUGAGGUGGCCCACAGGGACGUCACCAGCAGCUUCUUACUCGCUGAAUACAACUCCACCAUCCAGGAAAGCCUCUACAGGUCGGAAUGUCCUUCCCAGCGGUAUGUCUCCCUCCAGUGUUCCCACUGUGGUCUGAGAGCUAUGACCGGGCGGAUCGUGGGAGGGGCUCUGACCUCAGAGAGCAAGUGGCCCUGGCAAGUUAGCCUACACUUCGGCACCACCCACAUCUGCGGGGGCACACUCAUCGAUGCCCAGUGGGUGCUCACCGCUGCCCACUGUUUCUUUGUGACCCGGGAGAAGAUUCUGGAGGGGUGGAAGGUAUACGCAGGCACCAGCAACUUGCACCAGCUGCCUGAGGCUGCCUCAAUCUCCCAGAUCAUCAUUAACAGCAACUACACGGAUGAACAGGAUGACUAUGACAUCGCUCUCAUAAGGCUGUCCAAGCCCUUGACCCUGUCAGCUCACAUCCACCCUGCCUGCCUCCCUAUGCAUGGUCAGACCUUCAGCCUCAAUGAGACCUGCUGGAUCACGGGCUUCGGCAAAACCAAAGAAACAGAUGAGAAGACAUCUCCCUUCCUCCGAGAGGUUCAGGUCAACCUCAUUGACUUCAAGAAAUGCAAUGACUACUCAGUCUAUGACAGUUACCUUACCCCAAGGAUGAUGUGUGCAGGGGAUCUUCGAGGAGGGAGGGACUCCUGCCAGGGAGACAGUGGAGGACCUCUCGUCUGUGAGCAGAACAAUCGCUGGUACCUGGCAGGUGUCACCAGCUGGGGCACAGGCUGUGGCCAGAAAAACAAGCCUGGUGUGUACACCAAAGUGACAGAAGUACUUCCCUGGAUUUAUAGAAAGAUGGAGAGUGAGGUACGCUUCCGGAAAUCUUAACCAUGCCCUUCUCACUUUGGUGAUUGCUAUGAAGAUUCUGGCUAAAGGGACAGGCC